UAUUAUGGAUUUGGCGGAUUUGGAUCAGGCCCAGGCGGAUAAGUGCUGCUGUAAUUUUGUAAUUGUGUAUACAUAAUUUAUGAUAAAGUGCACUUUCAAAUAUGCCUCUAAAUUUCAACAAAAAUGAUCGUAAAUCGGAUGAUGACGAGGAAUUUUUUAAACCGACUGCUAGUUCUAGUUUGGCAAAAAUUUUUGGUGUUGCGAGUAGUCGGCCUUUAAAAAAAGUAACACCCGCAAAUUCACCUAAAUCAAGUCAGCUUUCCGAUCGGUAUGAAUCAGCCUUUAGGUACAUCCCGCCUAGUUCUACGGAGCAAGAAGAGGCAGAUGGGCAUAAGCAAAUCUCAAACAAACCGAUGGCAAAUUGGGUAUUGAUACAGGCCAGCGUUGUUACUGCAUACAAACUGGUAGGAACUGAAAAUGUUUCCCAGGCAAAACUUGGGCUAGCCCUAUUGAAAUCUGAGGACAACUACAAAAUUCUCUUGUAUCGAACUAAAACCGAUGCUUUAGCUACAGUUAAUGUUUCUCCAUCCACCAAGAUGUUUUUGAAUCACAACUAUCUUCAAUUUCACAGUGAUGAUGAAUGUUUCUGGAGUGUCUUGUUUGAUCAACUAGCAGAAAAGAAAACUUUCUGCAGUACUAUCGGUAAGGUUUGCAAAGUCGAAGAGCGCAAAGAUGACGUAGCAGUCUGCAGACCAAUUCCAGCCUCAAGAACAACUAUACCGAUAGUUGAGGAACCUGACUCUGAUAGUACAGAUCGCAAAAAGACUAAUUUACUAACACGUAUAGCUAAAGUAGGUCAACCAAUAUUAGUACAGGACAAACAAUUUAGGACCGAAAUCAGUGACUCAUCAGACACAGACGUUCGAAUUGAAACCAUCCCGCGACAUCGACGAACAGGUAGUGGGAGUAAGAUUCAUCCAGUUACCAUCGGAAUGCAGAUGUUACCUUCCUCAACCGCACUCAGUACAGCCAUAGCCGGUCAAAAUCUGAUGCAGACUUCAAAUGAUUGUAACUUUAACAUGUUAAUGGCCGAAAAUCGCAUGCAAGGUACAGAAUUGCGAAUGAAUUUAUCCAAAAUUGAAUCAAAGCUAGAGCGAGUACUCGAUAAAAUAGAUUUGCUAAGUCCAUCUGAGGCCUCUGGCUUAGGAAUAGCAAAAAAAUCAACAUUCGAUAGAGACGAAGUUAUUCUAAAUUUGGAAGAAACGAUAUUGGAACAUAAAAAAGAAAACCACAUGUUGAAAAGAAAAAUAAGGAACUUGGAAAUGGAAGCAACCUCUAGUACCCAGUUAAUGAAAACGGAGGAGCUGCUGAUGCAAGCGGAUAAACGAUGCCAAUCACUGCAAGAUGAAGUAGCGCAAUUACGACAAGAUGUACAAACUAGUAAGGAGAAUAGCUGUAAGGAUAUCAAAGAAAUCGAAAGAUUGAGCGCCGAGCUUGUACAGAAAACGAUGCUGGCUGAAAAAAAUUCCAAAAAUAUUCAAUUGUUGGAGGAACAACUAACCGCAGCUCAAAAAGAGCAAGCUUCGUUACAGCAGACAAAUCUAGCAUUGGAAAACGAUCUAAAAAACUGUAAAUCAACAAUCACUACCCUUCAGCAGACGCAACUUGCUCAGAGCGAACAACAGGAAAAGCAACAAGACCACGUCAUAAAAAAUAUUAUGAAUACAUGUUUUCAUCGUAUAUGUGAGGAAAUCAAUGAUCCACGUGUACUGCAAAUCGUUGGAGAGGUUAUUAAGAAACAAACCAAAGCGGCUCUCCAAUCCCGGUUAGCGAAAUAGAUUACAUCGGAAGUGCAAGGAAAGAAGGAAUACCGAAAGCCGGAAAGGCUGUAUAGUGUGUACCAAAGGAUGAACCCGAAAAGUCUAGCCACAGAACGAUUUUAAUUUUAGUUUAGAUGAUCAUAAAAAAACGAAGGUACUUGCCAACGUAUUUUUGACAUUGAAAAAGUUUUGAUUGGAUAUUUAUGCCUAUUUUCUGUAGUAAAUAAUCAUACUGUCAAGUUUGAAUAACAUAUUGUGAUACUUUGAGUCUUAGAUGGACACUUGCAACUUCCGCAAAAUUAUUAAAUCAAAGAAUUGAAUAAUAUUGAUUGUUUGUAAAUUGAACAAGAACUUUUGACUGUAUUCAAUAGCUCUCCUACGUUGCUUAUCCACCGCCUGAUGCUCUUCUGGUAUACAAAAAAAAAUGGAGUAGAGUGAUGACGAUGCGGAAGUGACUAUCAGAAGAAAUCGAAGCACUCCAAAUGUUCCAUUUUACGGUCCAGAUAAUGACUCAAAGAAUGUUUUAUUCUUUAACUUACUAUUGACAAACUAAAAAAUUGAAGUUGCUUCAAUUAUUUAGUUUACCAGAAAGGUUUUCCGUGCAGAACCACGCAGAU